AUGGAUGUCAUCCAGAAUACGGCAACCCCAGGCAAUAUUUCCGAGAAUCGACAUGCGGCUAUAUUUGGCGUGGGUAUUGGGUUCAUCGCAUUUGACUCCAUUAUCAUUGCGCUGCGCAUCUAUGUACGCGCUUUUCUGCUGCGUGCUCUGGGGACGGAUGAUAUUCUGAUGAUAAUUGGUGCAGUAAGCGACUUUCAACCAUACGGCUGA